AUCUACAUGAAAAAAUAGUUCACCAGGUCGAACGAUGAGGAACUCUUUCUAAAUUUACUAUUAUUCGAUCAGCAAGAUGCAAAUAACUAUUGAUUACACAUGGAAAGUGGUUAUUGAUAUAAUCAUAGCAGUAGUCCUUAUUAUUCCCUCAAUCGUUUUCAAAGCGACUGGUAAGCCAUUCCACAGAGGAUUUUUCUGUGACGAUGAGUCCAUAAGAAGACCAUUUAAAAGUGAUACAAUUUCUACACCUGUUCUUUUCAUUGUCGGUGGCGGUCUACCUUUUUUUGGUAUAAUUAUCAACGAAGUUUUUCUGAGGAAUAUAACGAAAAUUCGACGAAGUGCAACUACAGUAUCAAAAUAUGCUUUGUGUUUGGGAAAAUCCACUCCUAUAAUCUUAUUAACACUAUAUGUAUAUAUAGCACCAUUCGUAUUUGGCUGUGUUAUCUGUCAAUGUUCGACAGAUAUUGGCAAAUAUAUGAUUGGACGUCUUAGACCUCAUUUUAUAGAUGUUUGUCAACCUGAUUGGAGUAAAAUAAAAUGCACCGAAAAUAAUUUGCCUGUUUAUAUUACUGAUAUCGAAUGUCUUGGAAAGGAUACAAAGCAUAUAAAGGAAUCAAGAUUGUCUCAUCCUUCAGGACAUUCAUCGUUUAGUGUCUAUACUAUGCUAUUCUUUGCCUUCUAUAUGCAAAAACGAUUGAAAAUUGGAUGGAAUCGAUCAAUCAAAUUUGGACUGCAGUUUAUAGUGAUGAUGCUUGCAGUGGCUUGCUGUCUUAGCCGUAUAAGCGACUACAAACAUCAUUGGUCUGAUGUCUUAGGAGGAGCUAUUCUAGGAACCAUAGUGUGCUUAUAUACUGUUUUUAGCGUUUCGAUUUUAUACAAGAAGAACAUUGAAGAAGUAGAAAAGAAUGAAUUAGCAGCAAAUGAGCGAGCCGAAAGGGAACAGUCAUGCAAUCUAGGUUCUUGUUCGGAACCUUAA